AUGACAAGUGGAGAUUGAAAAGCUCUUAUGAAAUUUUCAAAUAAACAUGAACAAAUAGUUAAAGAAUCUCACAAUAAAACAGAAGUUUUAAAUAGCCUGAUUUGAAAUCCCAAUAAAGAAAUCCAAAUAGGCAUAGAAGAAGAUAAUGAAGAGGAGAAGUCUGAUGAGGAAAUGAUUAAUAAGAAACCAAAAAUCGAAAGACUCACUAGAGUGAUGGACAAAACCCUCAUGAACCAUAAAAAAUAUGGGUUUUUAAAAGAUACGUCCUUAUCGCCUCAGCAACCUUUGGGAGAGUUAAAUAAAAUAAGCAAAAUUUUAAAAAAAACUGCAGAAUAA